CAGCUAAGAAUUACAGUGAGACUGAAUAAACUCAUCCUCCAGCUGUGCUCCUUGGCUCUCUUUUCUGGAUCAUUUUUGCCCGGAUGCCAGUGCACUCUCCCCGGGUCGGGAGCUGUGGAUUUGCAGGUCAGAGUCAGAGAUCAUGGACAAGGGAGGAGCAGGGGGCGAGCGAGGAAACUGGGUCACUCACUCCUGACUGAUGCCUGUUUGGACCUGGAGGAAUGGGGUGCACCACCAGCGCGGUGGUGUUUGAUGGGCUGCGCACAGUGUUAGAGAGGAACUGUAGCGACUACAUCUGUAAGGGAGGGGAGCCCAUCGGGCCGUCUGAGGCUGAGAGGGCGCUGAGCCGGAGAGAGUCCAGAGCUUUCCCAACACCCAGAGUACUCAAGGUGAAGCCAAAGGUGAUCGAGCCGCUGGAAUAUGAAAAUGUGUUGGUGCAGAGGAAGACACAGAUCCUCAGUGAUGUCCUCCGGGACAUGCUACAGUUCCCCCUGGAGGACUUUGAGAUUUCAAUUUUGAGACGCCAAGGGAGAACCCUCUACCCUACGCUGCCGGAAAAUGCAGAGCGGGAGGCCCAGAGUGUGUUCGUCCAGGAGUGCAUUAAGACCUACAAAUCUGACUGGCAUGCUGUCAACUACAAGUAUGAGGACUUUUCUGGAGACUUUCGUCAGCUUCCAAACAAAGUUUCCAGGCCUGACAAACUGGCUGUCCAUGUCUUUGAGGUAGAUGAAGAUGUCGACAAAGAUGAGGAUACGGCCUCCCUAGGAUCCCAGAAAGGCGGGUUUUCCAAACAUGGCUGGCUGUACAAAGGAAACAUGAACAGUGCCAUCAGCGUCACCAUGAGGUCAUUCAAGAGGAGGUAUUUCCAUCUUACUCAGCUCGGGGACGGCUCUUAUAAUUUAAACUUCUACAAAGAUGAGAAGAUCUCCAAAGAGCCCAAAGGAACCAUCUUCUUGGACUCCUGUAUGGGUGUGGUUCAGAACACCAAGGUUCGACGGUUUGCUUUCGAGCUGAAGAUGCAGGAUAAGAGCACCUACCUGCUGGCCUCGGAAAGCGAGGCAGAGAUGGAGGACUGGAUCAACCUGCUCAACAAGAUCCUGCACAGCAGCUUUGAGAUCGCCAUGGCAGAGAAGAGGAAUGGAGACAUUCAUGAUGAUGAUGAUCUUGGAAAGUCCGACAGCUCCUCUGGCAGCAUGGACAGCUUUCAGAGUGCAAGAGAUAUCGAGUCCAGGAUGAGGAACGAGACCAGAUUGAAGCUGUUCACCCUGGACCCCGACACACAGAAACUAGAUUUCUCAGGAAUAGAGCCGGAUGUGAAGCAGUUUGAGGAGAAGUUUGGAAAGCGUGUGCUGGUGAACUGCAAUGACCUCUCAUUCAACCUGCAAAGCUGUGUGGCCGAGAACGAGGAGGGACCCACCACCAACGUGGAGCCAUUUUAUGUCACCCUGUCACUGUUUGACAUCCAGAACGGCAGGAAGAUCUCCUCGGACUUCCACGUGGACUUAAACCAUCCGUCUGUACGAGGCAUGCUGCCCAGUAACACCAGUCAGUAUAUGAACGGGGGAGGGGACACCCACCCUGAAGGGCAGCGGUUAGUCCAUGGGGUGCCAGAGGCCGCGAUGCAGUAUCCGAGACAGGGUGUAUUCUCAGUAACGUGCCCCCACCCAGAUAUCUUCCUGGUGGCUCGCAUAGAGAAGGUGCUGCAGGGAGGAAUAAACCACUGUGCCGAGCCGUACACCAAGAGUUCAGACUCCACCAAGGUGGCACAGAAGGUCCUGAAAAAUGCAAAGCUGGCAUGUUGCCGGCUGGGGCAGUACAGGAUGCCUUUUGCCUGGGCAGCAAGGACUUUGUUCAAAGAUGCUUCAGGGACAUUGGACAAAAGUGCUCGUUUCUCCCCUCUGUACAGACAGGACAGCAACAAGCUCUCCAAUGACGAUGUGCUCAAACUGCUGGCUGAUUUCAGAAAGCCAGAGAAAAUGGCCAAGCUGCCUGUAAUCCUCGGAAACCUUGAUGUUACUAUUGACAAUGUAGCCCCCGACCUGACAAAUUGUGUUACCUCAUCCUACAUUCCUGUGAAGCAGUUUGAAGUCAGCCAGAAGACCAACAUCUUCUUUGAAGUGGAGGAGUUUGUGCCGUGCUUAGCCAAAUGUUCUCAGCCUUUCACCAUCUACAACAAUCACCUCUAUGUGUACCCGAGGCACUUGAAGUAUGACAGCCAAAAGUCAUUUGCAAAGGCUCGAAACGUAGCUGUCUGCAUUGAGUUCAAGGACUCAGAUGAGGAGGAGGCUGUUUCACUAAAGUGCAUCUAUGGCCGACCUGGAGGACCCUUGUUUACCAAAAAUGCCUUCGCUGCAGUAUUGCAUCACCAGCAUAACCCUGAGUUCUACGAUGAGUUUAAGAUUGAGCUGCCAACCCAGCUCCACGAAAAACACCAUCUGCUCUUCACCUUCUACCACGUCAGCUGUGAAAGUAACAACAAGGCCAGCACCAAAAAGAGAGACCUGGUUGAGACUCAAGUGGGCUACGCCUGGCUCCCCCUACUGAAAGAUGGCCGGGUGACCAUGAAUGAGAGCCAGAUCCCUGUGGCUGCCAACCUGCCUGCUGGAUACCUCGGCUGUCAGGAGGGGGCCAGCAAGCAUUCAGGACCUGAGGUCAAAUGGGUGGAUGGAGGCAAGCCUUUAUUUAAGGUUGCCACUCACCUCGUGUCCACUGUCUACACUCAGGAUCAACAUUUGCACAAUUUCUUUGAUCACUGUCAGAGCACUGAAGCUGCACCCCAGGUGCCAGGAGGAGAAUUGGUCAAAUACCUGAAGAGCCUGCAUGCCAUGGAGAGCCAUGUGAUGAUUAAGUUCCUGCCCACCACCCUGAAUCAGCUCUUCAGGGUGCUAACCAGUGCCACCCAGGAGGAUGUAGCAGUCAAUGUAACCAGAGUCAUGAUUCACAUUGUAGCCCAGUGCCACGAGGAGGGGUUGGAGCACUACCUGAGGUCAUAUGUAAAGUUUGUAUUUAAGUCUGAGCCACAAACAUCCUCCUCCAACCGAUUAGUGCACGAGGAGUUGGCUAAAGCCAUGACUGCCAUCUUGAAGCCUUCCACUGACUUCCUCACGAGUAACAAACUCCUAAAGUACUCCUGGUAUUUCUUUGAAGCCUUAGUGAAGUCCAUGGCUCAGUACUUGAUAGAGAGCUGUAAAGUGAAGCUGUCCAGGAAUCAGCGCUUCUCAGCAGCCUUCCAUCACACUGUGGAGACUCUGGUCAACAUGAUGAUGCCACACAUCACUCAGAAAUACAAAGACAACCUCGAUGCUGCCAGGAACGCUAACCACAGUCUGGCGGUCUUCAUCAAGCGCUGUUUCAACCUGAUGGACAGAGGCUUUGUGUUCAAGCUGAUCAACCACUAUUUCAACUGUUUUAUGCCUGGAGACCCAAAGACGCUGUUUGAGUUCAGGUUUGAGUUUCUGCGAGUGGUGUGCAACCACGAGCACUACGUCCCCUUAAACCUGCCCAUGCCUUUUGGAAAGGGAAGGAUAAUGAGAUUUCAAGACCUCCAGAUGGAUUACUCGCUGACAGAUGACUUCUGUAAGAACCACUUCCUGGUCGGGCUGCUGCUCAGGGAGGUCAGUACAGCUCUGCAGGAGUUCAGGGAGAUCCGUCAGAUAGCCAUCCAUGUGCUGAAGAACCUGAUGAUGAAACACACAUUUGAUGAGCGCUACUGCUCCAAGAGCCAGCAGGCCAGGUUGGCCACCCUGUACUUUCCCUUGUUUGGUCUGCUCCAGGAGAACGUCAACAGGCUGAAUGUGAAGGAAGUAUCUCCAUUCACCGUCAACCACUCCAACAAUAAUGGAAAGGAUGAUUCUCUUCUUACCAACAUCUUGAUGACACCUCCCAGAUCCAGCACCUUUCUGGACCCCAGCUUGCACAAAGAUGUUUUUGGAGUCAUCUCUGGCACAUCUUCACCUCACGCAUCGUCGACGCCCAACAUUAACUCUGUUCGCCACGCAGACUCUCGCGGCUCACUCAUCAGCACUGACUCUGGAAACAGCCUACAUGAGAAGCACAAUGACAAGAGCAACUCCCUGGACAAGAACCAGGCUGCUUCAAACCUGGGCAGUUCCCUGCUGCGAUGUGAUAAACUGGACCAGGCAGAGAUCAAGAGCCUCCUCAUGUGCUUCUUACAUGUGCUCAAAAGCAUGUCUGAAGAUGCUCUGUUCACAUACUGGAACAAGGCUUCACCUGCUGAGUUAAUGGACUUCUUCACUCUAGUCGAAGUGUGCCUCCAUCAGUUCAAAUACAUGGGGAAGAGAUACAUUGCAAGGAACCAGGAUGGGGCAGGACCCGUAGCACAUGAGCGGAAGUCUCAGACUCUGCCUGUGUCCCGUAACAGGGCGGGAAUGAUGCAUGCCCGCUUACAGCAGCUCAGCAGCCUGGAUAACGCAAACACUUUUAACCACACCUACAGUCACUCGGAUGCAGACGUGUUGAAUCAGUCUCUGCUGGAGGCUAACAUCGCCACUGAAGUGUGUCUGACUGUCCUGGACACGCUAAGCAUCUUCAUCAUGGGAUUCAAAACCCAGCUGUGCUCAGACCACGGCCACAGUCCACUGAUGAAGAAGGUGUUUGAAGUCCACCUCUGUUUCCUCCGGAUCAAUCAGUCAGAGACGGCCCUCAAGCAGGUCUUCACUUCACUGCGCACCUUCAUCUACAAGUUUCCCUGCACUUUUUUUGAGGGGCGCGCUGACAUGUGUGCUGCUUUCUGCUGUGAGAUCUUGAAGUGUUGUAACUCCAAGCUGAGCUCCAUUCGCAGCGACGCAGCCCAUCUGCUCUACUUCCUCAUGAAGAGCAACUUUGACUACACAGGGCGCAAGUCUUUUGUCCGGACUCACUUACAGUUGUGUGUACACAUUCUGAUCAAACUAUUCUUUGCACAGAAACUGGCCCACCUGUAUGACACGCUGCAUCGUGCAUACAGCAAAGUGACAGAGGUGAUGCACACAGGAAAGAGAUUGCUGGGCACCUACUUCAGAGUGGCUUUCUUCGGCCAGCAGUACCACUUUACAAACACAGAGGCUAAGGGCUUUUUUGAAGAUGAAGAUGGUAAGGAGUACAUCUACAAAGAACCUAAAUUCACUCCUCUGUCAGAGGUAUCUCAGCGGCUCCUUAAGCUGUACUCUGACAAGUUUGGACAGGAGAACGUGAAGAUGAUCCAGGACUCUGGCAGGAUUAACCCCAAAGACCUGGACUCCAAGUAUGCAUACAUCCAAGUGACACAUGUGACCCCUUACCUGGAGGAGAAGGAGGAAGUAGACAGGAAGACAGACUUCGAGAAGUCCCACAACAUCCGCCGCUUUGUGUUUGAGAUGCCUUUCACCAUAUCAGGCAAAAAGCAAGGCGGGGUGGAGGAGCAGUGCAAACGCAGGACGAUACUAACCACCACACAUUGUUUCCCGUACGUAAAGAAACGUAUCGCAGUGAUGUAUCAACACCACACUGAUCUAAGUCCCAUCGAGGUGGCCAUCGAUGAGAUGAGCAAGAAGGUGGGCGAGAUCAAACAGCUGUGCUCCUCCAUUGACGUGGACAUGAUCCGUCUGCAGCUCAAACUGCAGGGCAGCAUCAGCGUGCAGGUUAACGCAGGGCCGCUUGCAUAUGCACGAGCUUUCCUGGACGAAGCAUGCGCCAAGAAGAACCCAGAUAACAAGGUCAAACAGCUGAAAGAGGUCUUCAGGCACUUUGUGGAAGCCUGUGGUCACGGCUUGGGUAUUAAUGAGCGUCUGAUAAAAGAAGACCAACAGGAGUAUCACGAUGAGAUGAAAGCAAACUACAGAGACCUGGCCAGAGAGCUGUCAAUCAUCAUGCACGAACAAAUCAGUCCUGUGGAAGAUGGCAUGAAGAGCAUUCUUCCAGACUCUCUUCACAUCUUUAACGCCAUCAGCCGCACGCCAACCAGUGCCACCAUCCACGGCAUCCCCAGCUCUUCCUCUGUGGUAUGAUGCUGGUUGAGCCUUGAACUCAGCGCCCGCUAUACUCGCCAACCAGGCCUGCUGGUGAUGCCAUACUGUCGCUUCUGACCCUGAUCCUGCUUCUCUUCAGUCAGCUGAAGAGAAACUGUAAAAGGCACAGACCAGUGACCACCUUCCUCGAGAACCAUGACCAAGGCACUGGACCUACUUUAUAUAUUAAUAUAUCCACGGCUGGUCACUGUGUUGGAGGUCUGUGACAGUACUGAGGUGAAGCCUGAGGGUCUUGCAGGACAGACUUUGUUCCUGUUUUCUGGCCAGACAUAUUGUGUCACCUGUUUCUACCUGAAAAGACUGGGCCGUGUUUCCAAGGAGACAUUCCUGUUGGGACCUUUAACAUGCAUGUCUUUACAUUACACCCACCACCCUCCCAACAGUCCAUUUUAUGUUUAUUUUGAUAAUGUUUCACUUGUGUUUUUUGUAUGUACAGUAUUCCACUUUUAUAUACCACUGUAUGAUGACAGUAUAUGCUGCGUCAACACUCCUCUCCUUGUACAUGAAGUUAUAUUUCUACUAAAAGGGCCUCCUAUGACACGUGUUAGCGUUCAACCUUAAAUCACUUCAAUGUCUUAGAACGGGAGCAUUUUUAAAUAUUUAAAGCCAUUGCAAACAAAAUAGUAUAUUCCACAAUGUUUAUUAAUGUAUAUAAAAAAGGAGUGUGUGCAAUAUUUGUAUCUUGCUGUGUGGGGCUCAUACACUGUAAAGAUGAUGUUCACCUUCUUGCCAAAGCGAUGAGGUGUGGAUAAAAACACUAUGCCUACUGUGGAAGUAAUAAGAAGCUUUUACCAUUUUAGUGUUUAUUGAAAUGUUCAAGAAAUUGUUUUAUAUUUGGACAGCAAUGGGUUUUUUAUUUUUAUUUAACACAAAGUCACUGUUCUGCUGUAAACAGAGAUGUACCCUAAUGCUUUUCUUUUAAAUAAAACACACUCAUCUCUCUGCA